AUGACAUCUGCUAGAAUCUGCGAAUUCAAUAAGAAAUUUAAUACUAAUUUUCAAAUAUAUAUGCCCGAACAUAGACAUUUUCAACCAAAGAAAGUAUUAGAGGAAUUUGAUUGGGUAUUUUAUUUACACAAAGAACAUUUCUGUUUGAUAAGAAGAAAUAACAAAGCUUUGGGCAUUAAAGAAAUAGAAGAUAAUUACGAUGAAAACGUAUGGAGAACUUGUGGAGAUGAUAGUGCGGUAACUUCGGCAGCAUGGGGAAAAUCAUCUAAUCUACCAAUGAAUUUGAGAAAGAUCGAGGAUGUUAAUAUUGCAAAAUACACUAAAGAUAAUUGGGAAUCUUUAGGACCCGAAUGGGAACCUUACGCUAAAAGAGAUACGUUAUGUCUCGGAGCUUGUUUGAUAAAAUACAAUCAAGCCAUGAAAAAAACUGUCUUCCAAAACGUUUCCAAUAAUCUAACGGCUCCUUCUUUAUCUUUAAAGGGUUGGUAUUAUUUAUAUCAUUACGAUAAAGAAAUGGUUGAAGAAGAAUGGUAUGAAAGUACUAGAAUGGUUCCGAAACAUACGGAAAAACAAAACGUAGAAAAAGUUUACUCGCAUACUCACCCUUUUAUAAGAUAUUCUAUCAGACAAAGUAUUAAAGGAGGAAGAGUUUCGGCAAAUCGAAAAUCAUUUGAAACGAAUAAAAUUGAUGAGAUCUGCGCCAUAUUAAAAGAAUACAAUGAAAGUAACACUGAAGGAAUAAUAGAUUUAUUCAAAGAAUACAGUGUUAACCCAAAAGAUAAAACGGAAGUUCACGCUAAACUCAAAGAACUGAACUAUUCUAAACUAAUGACAUUUGACGCUAAUGGGUUGUACGCUUCAGCCAUGACAGAAGGUGAAUAUCCUAAAGCGGAAAGUGCAAGAGCGUUUCUACCAGAAGAAGAAAAAGAAUUUGUAAAACUCUUCAAUAAACAAAAAUUCAGACCUAGAACUGCUAUUUUAAAAGUUUGGUUUGAAUAUCCCAAAAAAAUGUUCUUUCAACCCAUACCAGCUAAAGAUAAAAUAACUUUUACGAAUAGAGUAGGUCAGAAGGAAACUGGCACUAAAAUCAGGUUCAGAAAUGGUUUCUGUCACGACGUUUUAACAUCAAUUGAUAUUCAAGAAAUAGUGAAAUCCGGUGGUAAAAUUAUUAAAAUAUUAGAUGGUAUAGUUUACGAAGAAAAUUUUAAAACUCCACCAUACAGAGAUUAUAUUUUAAUUUUGAAGGAAUUAAGGAAUAAAUACAAAAAAGAAGGAGAUAUGGUUGCUAGUAAUUGCAUGAAAUUAUUAGGUAAUUCCUUAUACGGUAAAUCUAUUCAAAAGGAUAUAAAUACAUCGAGACAUCUAAAGCCAACUUCGAUUCACACGUCAAAAGCUAUGAAAAAGUAA